AUGCCCAUCCAAAACUCCAAAGACUCCGGCGUCACUGGCGCAGCCAAGUUCGUUACGAGCACCGUGGGCAACACGGUUGGAGGCAUUGGUCGCACCGUCGGCAACGUCACUGGCGCGUUAGGACGGGGCAUCGGCGAUACGAUUACUGGAGCUACGGGCUCCGCCGGCAAACCGGUUGGUGAUGCCAUCGGCUCUAUAGGAACAGGCGUCGAGAACGGCGCUGCGAGCGUCGCCAAGGGUGUCGAGAACGCGGGGCAGUGGAAGAAAUAG